CGAGUUUCCGAGCAAACCCGAACGUUUUUCUCGGAAGCCGAAAAUAACCGAACGUAUCACGUGGUACUUUUUGGAGUCUUCGUGGCGUAGCUUGUUCAGCUGCUCGUCGAAGCGGCUGUCGGACGGUCGCCUCUCAACGAGUCUGCGUACGAUGUAGCGGCCAUUUUUGUUCUUAGUUCAUUACAGUGCGCAUAUUUUAAUGUAUUUAGACCAAUAUUUAGGCAAUUUUCACGAUGACUAUAAUAGUUUUUCUAAUAGAUACAUCAGCCUCUAUGAAUCAAAGAGCUUAUUUGGGCGGACGCCCAACAUUGCUCGAUGUAGCCAAGGGCGCUGUGGAAACGUUCGUAAAGGUACGUCAACGUUCCCCUGAAAGCAGAGGUGACAGGUAUAUGCUUCUAACUUUCGAAGAGCCACCCGCGAACAUCAAGGCUGGAUGGAAGGAAAAUUUAGCAACAUUUAUAAAUGAGCUGAAAAACUUGCAAUGCCUAGGACUGACAACAAUGGGUGCCGCAUUAAAACAUGCAUUUGAUGUGUUGAACAUAAACCGCAUGCAGACGGGCAUAGACACAUAUGGCCAGGGCAGGUGCCCCUUCUACUUGGAGCCUUCAGUCAUUGUUGUUAUAACUGAUGGAGGGAAACUAUCAAGCAAUGCUGGCAUUCAAGAAGAAUUCAACCUACCAAUGAACUGCCCCAUUCCUGGCUCGGAGCUGACCCGGGAGCCAUUCCGCUGGGAUCAGCGAUUGUUUUCAUUGGUACUUAGAUUGGCCGGUACCCCUGCCGUCGAGAGGGACUCGGGCCUCGUGCCUUCGGACACGUCGCCUAUUGACGCCAUGUGCGAAGUUACCGGUGGUCGGUCCUACUGCAUCACGUCACACCGGAUGUUGAUGCAAUGCAUCGACAGCUUAGUCCAAAAGGUCCAAAGCGGCGUGGUGAUAAAUUUCGAGAAGAUCGGACCCGAUCCCCCGCCGAUCGACGGGGGGACAGUGAAAGAUGGGACUGAACCGGCAGAACCUGAGGUGACCCAUGGGGAACCGGAAAAGGAAAUUGAAGGGGACAAUGAUAGGAAUGGGCGAUGGAACGGCGGGCCGUACCAAAGCAGCAUGACCACCAACCAGGGUCCGACCGCACCGCAGGCGUGGCACUCCUGCCGCCGGCUCAUCUACGUGCCGCGGACCGUCUCACAGAAAGGCUUCGCUGUCGGCUUCUGGCCGAUCCCAGAGUCUUUUCGGCCCGACCCUAACGCGCCUACUUUGCCGCCGCGGUCAGCGCAUCCCGCGGUGAAGUUCACGUGCUCGAGCCAGGAGCCGAUGGUGAUCGACAACCUGCCGUUCGAUAAGUACGAGCUCGAGCCCAGCCCGCUCACGCAGUUCAUUCUCGCCAGGAAACAACCCACCACUUGCUGGCAGGUGUUCGUAGCAAACAGUGGUUGCAAGAACUCCGAAGUGACCCACCCGUUUGGCUACCUGAAGGCGUCAACGAAUCUCACGUGUGUGAAUUUGUUUGUGCUACCAUAUAACUAUCCGGUGCUGCUACCGCUUCUCGAUGACCUCUUCAAAGUUCAUCGGUGUAAGCCCACUCCGGAGUGGAAGUUGGCUUUCCAGCAGUAUCUAGAUAGGAUGCCUUCGUAUUAUGUCACGCCAUUACGAAGAGCAUUGGCGAAGAUGGGCGCGUCGGCGCCCUUGGUUCAAAGCCUCAUCCCUGAUACGCAGGACAACUCACUUAGCUUCUCCGUACUGAAUUACCUCAAAAGACUGAAAAACCAAGCUAAAAUAGAAUUCGAGAAGCUGUGUGCGGAUGUUAUUAAUAAGGCUUCUUCGAAUAAUAGUCAAAAGGUGGCCGAAAGCGUCCGCGUAAUGCCGCGCUCCCCGCUCAAGAAGGACCUGACGACGCACCCGUGCCUCCAGGACAAGUUCUCGGCGCUGCGGGACCAGCUCAAUGAGUUUGGUGGCUUCGUAGUCGGCCUGUCACGGGGACGGAACAAGAACCAGGCGCAUACCUAUAGAAACCCUUUUGAUAUACAGCGGAGGGAUCUGUUGGAUCAGGUGGUUCGAAUGCGCGCCAACUUCCUGCAGCCGUCGCUGGCGCACACGCGGCUGGUGGACGAGGACAGCCUGCACUCGAUGCCGGUGGCGCAGAUGGGCAACUACCAGGAGUACCUCAAGCGCAUGACGCCCCAGCUGCGCGAGAUCGAGACGCAGCCCGUGCGACAACACAUGUUCGGGAAUCCGUUCAAGAUAGAUAAGCGCAUGAUGGUGGACGAGGCGGACAUCGACGGGCUGGGAGGCGUGCGCGGCGCGGGCGGCGGCGGCGGCGCUGGCGGCAAGCGCGGCGCCGAGUCCCCGCGCGCCGCGCCGCCCAAGCGCCGCGCCGGGCCCCUGCCGCACGACUACACCGCGCGCCGCCCCUCCGAGCCCCCGUCGCCGUGCCCCUGCCCCUCGCCCGCCGCCCCGUGCCCCUCCCCCGCGCCCCCGCCGGCGCCCGAGCCCGCGCGCCGCCCCGCCUCGCCGCUCGCGCCCGUGCCCGCCGACCUGCCCUCCGGCCGACCGCCCGAGGAGCCUCCCCACCUGGAGCCGGGCGGGCCGGGCUCGGCGCCGGCGCCGUGCGAGCCGCCGCCGCCCGCCGCCCCCGCCCCCGCCCCCGCCCCCGUCGCCGCCGCCCCCGUCGUGCCCCUCGCGCCGCCCAACCUGCCGCCCGUCGUCAAACCCUUCCUCAACGGAGACGCGUACACGACGAUGGGCGGCAAGCUGCCGCGCUCGCCGUCGCCCGAGGCGCCGGCGCCGGCGCCGGUGUCGGUGGCGCCCGCGCACGACUCGCAGGAGCUGCAGAUCAACGCCAUCAUCCAGGGCAUCGCCGCUGGCACCAACACGCUGGCCCGCCCAAGGAAGCGGCCCCGGAAGAAGGUAGAGAAACCUUCCCCGCCACCUGCGUCUACUCUACCCACUCGGAAAGAGCUCGCAGACAUCAGGAAACACAACCUGAAUGUGAGAUCAGAAGUGUAUCGAGCCGUGCGUCGGCCGGGUAGAGAUUUCGCGAAAUUGUUUGAACAUUUAAAACAAUUGAAAGGCAGUGUUGAUAUUAAAAAGAAACUAAUACGUGAAGUGAUAAACGAAUCGUUAAGGUUCAAAAGAAAGGCUUUAGCAAAACUAUUGGAAGACUUUUUAGCGGGCCUAGAGAAAAACGGUAACAGUGCUUCGGUUAACAUGAAGAGAUUAACCAAUUCCUUAUAUAGUAACUCCACUAAUAACUAUAGCUAGUGUUACGUGAAAUUGACGGACGUUCGGGACUUGGAAACACGCCGUAAUAAAACUGGAGCAAUAACGUGGGUACUUUAAGACCGGUUAUCGCUGACAAGAUAUCACCGGAUAGCUGGUUAUCGGACAAUGUCGUCGUAUACCGUAAAUGUUUUGCCUUAACACUUAAUAGUGAUAUAAGCAACAGAACAAAACGCUUACGCAGUGAGAAGUAAUAUAAUGUGAUACAUGCAAUAAUAUUUACUUAAAAUGUGUUCUUGUUUAAUAUCCUAAUGUGUAUUUACCAUACUUAAUACU